AUGGACUUUGAGGCUCCACCACCUUUCACAGGAGCAUUAGAUGAGCCUCCAGAUGUGGAAUUGGAUGCUCGAUUGACUGUCGAUGACGAUGACGAGGUAGCCAGUCAGGUAGACAUUCCCACUGACCUCCCCUGUUCCUCGUCUCCACCAAGCUUACCUCCAAUAAUUCCUGUGGCGAAAAGGAAAUCACCCGAACCUAAAUUACCCAGUCCUUUACCACAAGUUUCAAAGGAUAAUCCUCCGCCGGAGAUGAACGGGGUGAUCGAAAAUGGAGAUGCGCAAUUUCCCAAAGAUGAUGAAAACUUGGAGGAGAAUGAUUUGCGGCAGACUUUUACCUCCACAGCGGACGGUAAAGAGAGUCCGGAAGCAUCUCAGGGAGCUGCGGAGUUGGACGCCACUCCAGACGUUGUCGAGAAAACGUACAACGCUGUUGGACAUGCAGUACAAGAUCGAGAUAUUAGCUUGCCUGUCACUCAAAAUGGGAGCGAAGAAGACGAUGAUUUUGAUGAUUUUGGCGAUUUUGCUGGUGUUGACGCGGAAGACGCAGAACCGAUCGUGGAUGAAAUACAUGCUGAGGAAAAAGUUGAGCAAGCAGGUUUUGAGUGGAACGCUUUUGAAAGGAACGAUGAUAAGGAGGAUCAGGUGCAGGCGGGAAAUGCGAAUCAACCAGAUGGUUGGAAUGCUUUUGAUCAAGGCAACGCGACAGAAGACAACGAGUGGCCAGCAGAUUUCCAAGAUGCCGCCAUCGUACAAGACUCCAAAAGUGGUGAUCAGUUUGGCUCUGAGAAUUCCAAUCUGUGUCCGGUUUUGGAUGAUUUGUUUGACUCAAUUGAGCUUUGGAACGUUGAAAGCGAAAUAGGUGGUGAUGAGGCGCAUGACCUCAAUGCCGUGCUUGAUGCUGAUGAACCUCCGAAAGCUGAAAGCGAUUCUAGUCUUGAUUCAAUUUCCACUCACCGGAGUUUCGAUCUUUGGUUUGCUUUACGGAUUGUCGAAGAUGCAUUAGCUUUGAAAUUUGAAUGGAAAGGCUCUGAACACAGUGAAAAUUUAUACAAAGCGCUCAGAGUUGACCCGAAGAUUGCUGGACGUGGGUCUUUGCCCCCUCUGUCUUCCUCAACUGUGCUUGAACCAACACCAUUUACAGCGAAUGGAACAACGUAA